UUUGGUACACUCAGCAUCCUGGUCCAGCCCGGGCGAUGCGGCAGUCAGGAUAGCAGCGUCUCGACGCGAACAUUCCGCGCGACAUCUGCCGAACACGGCGCUAAACAUCGCGACGGACUCUAGCCUUAAAUUUGCCGAACUCUAGUGCCGGGUUUUCAGACGCUGGCUGAGCUUAUGAGGAAUUGAAAUCUAAUAUUUGCAGGGACACGAGUGUGGAUGCUAGUGUUUAAUGGGAUUGCACUGACUCAAGGUGGUGCAUUCGAAGCAAGAUUAACGACGCUGUGAAACUGAGUCCUUUUCAAUUCCAGAUCGGGAUGAAGAAUGAAUCGAGGAUAAAUUCGCGAACAAAGGCAACAAAACUUAAAGGCUGAUUAUUCAAUUUUCGAGUUUCUGGCGAAAUUGGGUUUCGCGUACAAUGACGGAAUUGUUAAAGAGCGCAUAGACUGCAAAAAUCAAAACAGAGAUGAGGAGCAAGACGGCGAGCUCGCUGACAAUGGACACAAUUGACGAAUUUCGCCCGAGUUUGAUAUGAGUAGAGCCGGAUAAGAGACAGAUGCGAACAUGGACUUCUCUAUAAAGUAGUCGGGAGUUGGCAGCGGAAGUUUCGACAUACGGCGCAGGAAAUUCAGAAAUGGACAUGUUUCGGUAACAGAUGGUCAUGGCUUGUGGGUCCUCGAUAUUUUAAUGCAAAGCUCGUCUCAAAAGCUCCAAUAUAGAUAGAUGCCCCUAUUUCCCAUAAAAUUAAAUUUGGUUUCUCGUCUUUACCUUUUUGUUCGCUUAAUUGAAACUUAAUUAUGUGAUGAGAAAAUGGAAUGCUCCACGAAGGACUCCCGACAGCAUGUUCCUCGUUAGAGGUGUCUUCAAUGGAAAAUCCGACGCACAAAUUAAGCCCCUCGGAACCCACCCUCAAGAUCGAAACCUGGAGUAAUCCUCCGGCAGAGGGAUAAUGAGGCAGCAGAGCCGUGAGCGUCUACGGUGGUGGUGACACCGUCAUGCGUGUGCAACGAACGCUUCUUUCGAGACAGUUGAGUUCCGUUUCCGCGUUUUUCUGUGCCAUGUGGGUGAUUGUGGUAGUGAUCCUUGUGGAGGAUUCGGGCGCCGGCGCCUCGCUCCUGGUGCACAAGUACAGCACGAGGGUGGUGCGGACUAAAUAUGGGCCCCUCAGGGGCGUCAUGAUUCACAUCAAUCCACCCGUCGAGGCGUUCCUUGGGGUUCCCUACGCGACGCCCCCCGUCGGCAGUCUUAGGUAUAUGCCACCAGUAACGCCUUCGAUAUGGAAGAACACGCGUCUUGCGGAUCGCUUCGGAGCCGUGUGUCCGCAGCGACCGCCGGAUAUAGGAAACAGGUCGGAAGCCCUGCUGGAAUUCCCCCGAGGAAGACUGCUGUAUUUGGAGAAACUCCUGCCUCUACUUGCCAAUGAAAGCGAAGACUGCCUCUAUCUCAACCUCUACGUGCCCAGAACCGCCACUGGCGAAGAGGAAACCAAUCCGUUGCCUUGUGUAGUUUACGUGCAUGGUGAGAGCUACGAGUGGAACUCGGGCAAUCCCUACGACGGAACUGUGCUCGCCUCCACGGGGAGGGUCAUCGUCGUCACCAUCAACUUCAGAUUAGGAGUGCUAGGUUUUCUUAAGACGGGUACUAAAGGCAGUGCCCAGGGGAACUUCGGUCUAAUGGAUCUGGUAGCAGGGUUGCACUGGCUUAGGGAAAAUCUCCCGGCCUUCGGAGGUGAUCCCGAGAGGGUGACUCUGAUGGGUCACGGCACCGGUGCCGCCCUCGUCAACUUUAUAGCUGUGUCUCCUGUAGCAAAAGAGCUCUUACAUCGAGUCAUCUUGUUAAGUGGCUCGGGACUGAGUCCCUGGGCGCUCCAGAGGGAUCCUCUUUCGGUCAAACGCAGUGUUGCUGAACAUACCAACUGUCAUGGAGACCUGCACGAGGACGAUCUGGCGCCCUGUCUCAGGAAGAAGCCCUUAGACGAGCUGCUCAAAGUCAGGAUAGACUCGCCUAGGUUUCUCCCCGGUUUCGCCCCCUUCAUCGACGGCACGAUCCUCCUGAACCCCAGCAGCGCCCCUCCGGCCGGUAGCACAUCGACAGUGGCGACAUCUGCCGGAUACGAACUGGCUGAUUUUCCGGAGCGCGACCUUUUGUUUGGUUUAACGAGUACGGAAUCGUAUCUGGAUUUGAACGCGCAAGAUCUCGAGUUCGGGUUUAACGAAACGAGGCGUGACAGAAUCUUGAGGACAUACGUGAGGAACUCUUAUUAUUACCACUUGAACGAGAUAUUUUCGACCCUUAAGAACGAGUACACCGACUGGGAGCGGCCCACUCAGAACCCCCUCAGCGUGAGGGACGCCACCCUGGACGUCCUCAGCGACGGACACACGGCGGCGCCCCUCAUCAGGGUGGGCUAUCUGCACUCGAUGCGCGGCGGAAAGACGUUUUUUCUGCACUUCCAGCACCAGACCGGAGACAGGGAUUUUCCAAUGAGGGCCGGCAGCGUGCGAGGCGAGGAUCUCCCCUACAUCCUCGGCCUUCCUUUGAUUGGCGGCGGAUCAUUCUUUCCACACAACUACAGCCACAGCGAUGUAACAGUUUCGAAAACUCUCAUCCAUUACAUCAGCAAUUUCGCCAGAAAGGGGGACCCAAAUGGCGCCGUUCCAAAUGCAUCAGCGUCAGAAGCCAAGAACUCGCAAAAAGGACACGAAGAAAUGAACACGCCUUACUGGGACACGUAUGAUACCAUCAACCAACUCUACUUGGAACUAGGAAACCGUCCGGAGAUGAGAAAUCAUUACCGAGGACAUAAAAUGUCACUCUGGUUGAAUCUCAUACCCCAACUGCACCGACCUGGCGAAGGAGACGAUGUUUCAAUGAGGCAUCAUCAUUUCCAGGAGGAAGAUGAGCAGUAUUAUGACGGGUCCGUCCGUCCCCAGACGAAGGAGAAGCCGCCGCUGGUGCACGUGAUAGCCGCGCCGCCCCCAGCGACAACGGUGCGUGUUCCCCCGGCCACGACAUCGCUGCCACCGCCGCCCCCAAAGUCCGACACCGCCCUCCAAGCCACGACGACCGAAUGCCCCCCUAAUAACACCAUUAUCGUCCCAAGCGUAAGCAAGAACAACAACAACUUGCUCAGGAAACUAGCGUCCAGUCACUACCAAAGUUACACAACAGCCCUCACUGUAACAAUAGCAGUGGGCUGUUUCCUCCUCUUGCUGAACAUCGUGAUAUUCGCCGGCAUCUACCACCAGCGCGACCGCAGCAAAAACAAAAAGAAAGAAGAACUCGCCGAAGCCGGAAGCUGCAGCAGUUCUUCCGGUGAAAACUACGACAAGGCCUUCGAAUCCCGCCAGAUUUCCUACGAAUGCGGGGGGAAAUCGCCCUACGAGAUAUCGAGGGGCAGCUUCAAAACCUCGUACGGGGGGGAGUUCAGCUGCGAUAAACGGCUGGAAGUGCAGAUGACGGAGCUGCCGCUCCAGGAGUUCAACUCCUCGCCGCCGCCGGCCAAGAGGAUAGAGAGCUACCCGCCUGAUGUCACGUCCACUAACCAGGAGAAGCCCCCGGUGACCAGUCCGGGGAUCCCCGAGCCGCCACCGCCCCCCAAAGGACAGCCGCCGGCUGCCUGCAACCAGACAGGGAUUCUGAGGGCGCAAGGAGCCCCCACUACGCCAGGAACUAUGAAAAAACGCGUCCAAAUACAAGAGAUUUCUGUUUGAGUGUCAGGUUUCUGUUGUGGACUAAUCAAAAUAUUACAACUGAAAAUCAAAAUCAUAUCGGACUGAACUUGAUUUUUAAAAUAGUAAUCGCACUGUGAUUGUCAGAAAUUUAUUGUCAUGCGUUCAGACGUGACGGUUUUAUUGAAGGACCGGUUUUUGUUGCCUUUGGAUCUAUUGAAAUAGGUGGCAUAGUCAGAGGGCCAAACGUUAAGUUUGAACCGCUUUUUAAAUAAAAAUCAAAAUGUUUUUAAUUGCUAUGUAAUUUAUAAAAUUAUGAUAAACUGUUGCGCUUUUUUGAGAUUGGUGUUGAAUCUAUAAUUUCUCAUCUACACACAAAAAAUGCGUAAACAGCAGAGGAUUAAAUACUGCGGAAUAUGAUGCUUUGAUAUUGAUUAAAAAAAUAAAAGGUAUGGCUGUGGGACACCAAAAACUAAUUCUUUUUUUAUAUAAAAAUUACAGUCUUACAGCCAGUUGUGGGGAAUUUAAUCCUCUAUCCUGUGCACUAUUAAUUUCUUAUUUUACUGAACUGGAAAUAUAUUAAUUUCUGUGUGAGUCCAAGGAUUUGGGACACCUGAUUUUUAAAUAAACUUAAUUUAAAACCAGCACACUUAACACAACUUCUUUAAAUAAAAUAAUUUAAACAAAUAUUUAAACCGAAAAUGGGACGCGUAAAUUGAUUCAGAAUAACUUAUUUUUUGAUUCAAUUCUCUCCAUAUGCAAAGUGUAAAUCGAAGUACUGAUCAAAUUAUGGGAGGGUAUUUGUGAACAUGUAUUAAUUACAAACGUAUGUGCUCAAACCAAAACAUUUGUGUUUAUUUAUUUCGAUCAUCUGCAUUGUUGAUUUGGUUUCGCAAUCAGUCAUUUUAACUUGUUUAUUAGAGCGCUAAACUUUACUAAAAUUUGUUAAUCGAAAACGAAGAAGCUGCGCUGCUUUCUUAAUAAAUAUUUAAAUUUCAUUACGUUGGGUCUGAAUAAAUUUCAACUUAAUCUGUGUUUAUAGAGUUCAUAAUCCACGAAAAAAUUGUUCUUGUGUAACUUAUACCAAUCAAAUAAAAUUAAUCUUUCCCUUGGUGUGUUUGAUUAUGACGGAGCUGAUGACACAAUUAAAAGCGAUUUUAUUAUUUAAUGUUUUUUUAAUCUUCACUUUUAUGUGUGCAUGUCGCACCCAAUAAAAACCGUUUACCGCGUCUGUGAUUUUUCUAUAAGCAAUGCCACACUUUUUUCCAUAAUUUAAUGCAAAAGUAUACGAUCAGUGCGGACCAAAACUGCAUCAAUAAACCCAUUUGUUCGAAAAGCGGCGUCAAAAUAUAUUUUGUAUCAAGAUUGGCACCCGACUAUGCUAUCUAUGGUUGUUUUGUUUUCCGGCGGUUCAGAGUUUCUAUUAAAAAUCUAGGAAUUGAGUUAUGUACACUAAAAUAAUUUUAGCUUGCAUUUUGAAACAAUAAAGCCAAGUGUAACGAGGGAUUUGUUUAAUUUUAUGACAAAGUAUUAUGGCACGGUGGUGCUACUUGUAAAUUUCUAUAAAUAAACAAAGUGCUGAAUCAAAA